AAAUACGAAAAAGUCACAAGUGCGAAAAACAACAUGAAGCUCUCAGAAUAAUAAAAUUUAGUUUUUAUUUGUUUUGUCUGGUCUUCGAACUUCGAUGGUUUGAUUCUAGUUACAGUUGACUUUCUUUCAACAGAUAUUAUUACGGGACCUCCUUACCUAGGGCUUCUGGAGUGUCCCCAUUUAGGAUAGUAGCCAUGUCCGGCUCAAAAAGCACUGAUUUAGCUCUUAAGCUCUUAUACCGUCUUCCCCGAGUAUCGGUUAACAACUUGCGGCCUCUGCAACGGAACAAAAGAGCGAGUCAAACACCAAGAGGACAAUACGGUGGAGGGCUGCACGGGGACCGUAAUUAUGGCACUCGUGAAGGCAGAGGAACUCUUCCACCCUUGGGAUGGGAAGGAGGCCAGACUCCAUAUUUCCUUAAACAUCCGUCUGAAAUGUACUACAAAAACUUCAGAUUACGACGGCAGUAUCCACCGCUUUCGAUGCUAAAUCUGCAGAGGAUGAUCGAUACGGGGCUUCUUGAUCCAGAUCAACCUGUUGACCUCGGAGUGAUAUGUAAUACAAAAGUAUACCGAAUAGAUCCAUGGGCUGGACAUUUUGGAGUUAAUCUCACAGAGGAGGGCAUUGAUCGAUUCGCUGCGAAGGUUAAUUUGGAAGUCCAGUGGGCCUCAGAGAACGUUAUCGCUGCUGUGGAAAAAAACGGUGGCACCAUUACAUUAGCGUACUACGAUCCAGUUUCCCUGCAAGCCCUUCACGAUCCGGGUUAUUUUUUUACCAAAGGGACGCCGAUUCCUCGGCGUAGUGUACCCCCUGAGAAUUGCCUAGAGCAUUAUUCGAAUCCCAAGAUGCGCGGCUAUUUGGCCAAUCCAAAGGAAGUGAGUGAAGCCAGACUGGAAUUGGCACAAAAGUUCGGGUACACUCUACCUGAUAUUACCAAAGAUCCAUUAUACGAUAUGCUGAUGAAACGAAAGGAUCCUCGGCAGGUGUUUUAUGGCUUGGAGCCGGGUUGGGUGGUCAAUUUAACGGACAAAGUUGUUUUAAAACCCACCGACGAACUCCUUCGAACAUAUUAUCAGUCUUGAUUUUUAUUGACGUUUUUGAUGGGAUGUAAUAUGUAAUAUUUGUAAUGGACGAGAAACAAAUAAACGCUCGUCAAAAGCUGUUUAGUUUAUUCGUGAAUAGUGCUCUGUUUGUACAUGAGGCAGAGUGAGAAGUGCAAC